GCUGUCCUCCCGCACGUUGCCCGCCCGCGGACUUUCUCCCUCCCUCUUUGGCUCCCUCUCCACCAUCUCCGGCCUCGCUCUGCUCUGCUGCCGGUCUCGUUCUGCUCCGGGUGGCUCUUCCCCGCCGCCGGCGGAGACGACGAAAGGUGGCGGCGCGGUGGACGAUGGAGCAGCCGCCGGUGUUCUUGGUGGCGGCGCUGCUGGUGCUGCUGCUGGCGGGCGCGCCGGCGGUGCGGUGCCAGGGCCAGACCACCAACGCCCAGGACGUUGACGCGCUCCAGUCGGUGAAGAGCCAGUGGACGAACUACCCGCCGAGCUGGAACUCCGGCGACCCCUGCGGCAGUUGGGACGGCGUCAUGUGCACCAACGGGAGGGUGACAUCGCUGAGGCUUUCUAGCGUCAGUCUGCAAGGAACGCUGAGCGGCAGCAUCGGCCAGCUCAGCCAGCUCGUCUAUCUGGAUCUUUCCUUCAACAUUAAUCUCGGCGGUCAGCUGCCAGCUGAGAUCGGGAACCUUGGGCAGCUUACAACACUGAUCUUAGCUGGUUGCAGCUUCAAUGGAAAAAUUCCAACAGAAAUAGGCAACCUGCGGGAACUCUGGUUCUUGGCCUUGAAUUCAAACAAGUUUACAGGUGGAAUACCGCCUUCGAUUGGCGUACUCACAAAGCUCUUCUGGCUAGACCUGGCCGAUAAUCAGCUCACUGGACCUGUCCCUGUCUCAACAUCAACAUCACCAGGCCUUGACCAACUUGUCAACACGAAGCACUUCCAUUUCAAUAAGAACCAAUUAACUGGAACGCUUAAUGGACUCUUCAACUCCAAAAUGACUCUCAUACACAUUUUGUUUGAUAGCAACCAGUUCACAGGCUCAAUCCCAGCUGACGUUGGGGGCAUUACUACACUUGAAGUUCUCCGAUUGGACAGGAAUGGUUUUGUGGGAGCAAUACCUGCUACCAUUGGCAACUUGGUCAAACUCAAUGAGCUGAACUUGGCAAGCAACAAGCUAACUGGAUCAGUGCCAGAUCUUAGCAACAUCACCAACUUGAAUGUUGUGGAUUUGAGCAACAACACAUUUGAUGCUUCAGUUGCCCCCAGCUGGUUCACAACUUUAACAUCUCUUGCUUCUGUAUCAAUAGCUUCUGGAAGUCUUUCUGGCCAGGUCCCUAAGGGGCUCUUCACAUUGCCUCAGCUGCAGCAAGUUGUCCUAAGCAACAACCAAUUCAACGGGACACUUGAAAUGACUGGCAGCAUCAGCACCCAACUGCAGACUGUAAAUCUCAUGGACAACCAAAUAGUUUCUACCAAUACCCCAAGUUACAAGAAAGCUCUGCUGCUGGCCGGAAAUCCGUUUUGUGCAGAGCAAGAUCCCAACAACAAACCCUUCUGCAGCAGGCAGCAACAGAACGCGAACGCAUACUUUACCAACACUGCACAAUGCAGCUCAGCACCUCAGUGCCGUGAUGGUCAGAACCUGAACCCUACAAACUGUGGCUGUGCCUUCUCAUACAAUGGCAAGAUGGUCUUCAGGGCGCCCUUAUUUGUCGACGUGUCAAACAGUGCGCCGUUCCAGGAGCUGGAGUCAACCAUGUCAGUACAGCUGAAACUGCUUCCUGGCUCGGUCGCUCUCUCCGACAUCCACUUCAACAGUGACAACUACCUCCAAGUACAAGUGAAGCUGUUCCCAACAUCUGGGACGACCUUCAGCGUGUUGGAUUUGUCAAGGAUUGGCUUUAAUCUCAGUAACCAGACUUACAAACCACCACCAAAAUUUGGACCUUAUUUCUUCAUUGCAGACCCAUAUGCCCCAUUAGCAGGUGCUCGUGGUGACAAAAAAUCCAAGAUGGGCAUAGGCGCUAUAGCUGGAAUUGCAGUAGCCGGUGGGCUCCUUGUUAUCGCUCUCAUUUUCAUGUCAAUGUUUGCUCUGCGACAGAAGAGAAGGGCUAAGGAACUCAAGGAACGAGCAGACCCUUUUGCUUCAUGGGCUGCUGGCCAGAAGGACAGUGGAGGAGCUCCACAGCUGAAGGGAGCAAGGUUCUUCUCCUUUGACGAGCUCAAGAUCUGCACCAACAACUUCUCAGACAGCCACGAGAUCGGAUCAGGGGGCUACGGGAAGGUGUACAGGGGGAUUCUCGGCGACGGCACCCGCGUCGCCAUAAAGCGUGCAGAGCCAGGCUCAAUGCAGGGCGCCGUGGAGUUUAAGAACGAGAUCGAGCUGCUGUCCAGGGUUCACCACCGCAAUCUGGUCGGCCUCAUCGGCUUCUGCUAUGAACAAGGCGAGCAGAUGCUUGUUUACGAGUACAUCUCCAAUGGCACACUCAGAGAGAACUUGAUGGGAAAGGGAACAUACAUGGACUGGAAUAAGAGGCUGAGGAUCGCGCUCGGCUCAGCAAGAGGUCUUGCCUACCUGCACGAGCUCGCCGACCCACCGAUCAUCCACCGUGACGUCAAGUCCACCAACAUCCUCCUCGACGACAACCUCAAGGCCAAGGUGGCCGAUUUUGGCCUCUCCAAGCUCGUUGCCGACACUGAGAAGGGCCAUGUCUCCACACAAGUCAAGGGAACUCUGGGUUACCUGGACCCGGAGUACUACAUGACGCAGCAGCUGUCGGAGAAGAGCGACGUGUACAGCUUCGGGGUGGUGAUGCUGGAGCUGGUGAGCGGGCGGCAGCCGAUCGAGAAGGGGCGGUACGUCGUGCGGGAGGUGCGGCUGGCCAUCGACCCGGCCGACCGCGACCACCACUACGGCCUCCGGGGCAUCGUCGACCCGGCCAUCCGCGACGCCGCGCGCACGCCCGUGUUCCGGCGGUUCGUGCAGCUGGCGAUGCGGUGCGUCGACGAGUCGGCGGCGGCGCGCCCGGCCAUGGGCGCCGUCGUGAAGGAGAUCGAGGCCAUGCUGCAGAACGAGCCCGACGCCGCCGCCAGCGGCGGGGACAGCUCGGCCGACCCGUCCGCCAACGAGUUCGACCACUCCCGGGGCGGCGGCGGCGGCGGCCCGCCGGAGCACCCCUACAGCGACGUGGAGAUCAGCCGGGGGUCGUACGCCGGCGACGGCGCGUCGGAUUACAUGCCCUAUUUCGAGGUCAAGCCCAAGUAGUUCUACACUGUAAUUAAAUCGAGGCGUUUUGUUUAAAAAAAAAGAAAGAAAAGAAUUUUCCUCUUCUUUUUUCAGUUUGCAUGAAAUGUAUAUUUGUAAUUUUGCACGUGCUUGUGAUUAAUCAUACUGCCACGUCAGAUUUUUUUUUCUUGUG